AGUGAAGCAUGUUGGGCAGGAUUGCUGCUCUGAGGAUCUCCGAUGAUGAUGAUGAUGAUGAUGAUGAUGAUGAUGAUGAUGAUGAUGAUGAUGAUGAUGAUGAUGAUGAUGAUGAUGAUGAUGAUGAUGAUGAUGAUGAUGAUGAUGAUGAUGAUGAUGAUGAUGAUGAUGAUGAUGAUGAUGAUGAUGAUGAUGAUGAUGAUGAUGAUGAUGAUGCAAACUGGACGAUUGUAUGAUAUGAAGCAGACAAACCGGUGGAUC